ACCUAGGGUUUUGCCCCUCCCCUCCCCUCCCCUCCCCCAUCCAUGGAUCCCUUCUCCAAGAAGCGCAAGCCAGACGAGAACGGCGCGGCCACCGCUUCCCCGGCCGCCGGGGCCGCCGCGCUCGGCCUCACCCGCGACGACGUCCUGCGCCUCCUCGAGCCGCUUUCCCGCGACCAGCUCGCCGACAUCGCCGCCGCCGCCGCGCUCGCCUCGGGCGUCGCGCUCGACGCCGUGCGCGCCGCCGCCGACCGCGACCCGGCGCUCCGCAAGCUCUUCGUGCGCGGCCUCGGCUGGGAGACCAACUCGGACUCGCUCCGCGCCAUCUUCUCCGCCUUCGGCGACCUCGAGGAGGCCGUCGUCAUCAGCGACAAGACCACCGGCCGCUCCAAGGGCUACGGCUUCGUCACCUUCCGCCACGCCGACUCCGCCGUCCUCGCCCUCAAGGAGCCGUCCAAGAAGAUCGACGGCCGCGUCACCGUCACCCAGCUCGCCGCCGCCGGCGCCGCCGGCGGGCCGUCCGGCGGGGCGGGCGGCGCGGGUGGCGCCCCUUCGGCGGACGUCUCUCUCCGCAAGAUCUUUGUCGGGAACGUCCCCGCUGACAUGCCGUCCGAGCGCCUCCUCGCGCACUUCGCUGCCUAUGGCGAGAUUGAGGAGGGCCCGCUUGGGUUCGACAAGACCACGGGCAAGUUCAGGGGCUUUGCGCUCUUUGUGUACAAGACGCCAGAGGGCGCUCAGGCCUCGUUGGUGGACUCGGUGAAGGUGAUUGAAGGGCACCAGCUCUUGUGCAAGCUCGCCAUUGAGGGCAAGAAGGGCAAGCAGCAACCGCAGCAAUCUGGGCCUGCUGGGCAACAGCAACAGCAGAUGCUCCAGGGUGGCCCUCAGGACAUGCCGGGUCCUGGCCAUGGGCUAGGUGGACCGCAGAUGGGUGGGCAGUAUGGUGGUGGCCCUGGGAGUGGCAUGCCACCAUCAUUCGGUGGAUUUGGUGGCCCUGGGCUUGGUGGUGGUCACAAUCCAUAUGGGAACUUGCCGUCCUCCAUGGGCGGUGGCGGCGGAGGUGCUGGUAUGGGGUCGAUGGGAAACCAGAUGCCUUCUGGGAUGGGCUCUGCUGGUGCAUUUGGCCCCGGGGGAAUGGGCGGUGGUUCAUUUGGAGGAGGAUCUCAGUUCGGUGCUGCUGGGAUGGGUCCUUAUGGUGGUUUAGGCAUGGGCGGGGCAUCCUCACUCUACCGGAUGCAACAGGGCUCAGGUGGACUGCCAUCUGGAUAUGGCGAGGGUGGAAACUACCCUCUUCCAGGGUCUGGCUUCCGGGGUCAGGAGAUGUCACCAGGACCAGGUGGCAGGGCUCCUCCAAUGUACCCCAACGUGCCACCUUAUUUCUAAGGUGAGAUACUUCUGAAGAAGACCUUGGUUCUGGUUGGGUCUAUGUUGUGAUCGACCCAUCUGGCCCAUGUUCUCAGUGCUCUGUUGAACGCCUCCUCUCCUUCCAUUUCGACAUGCACACCAUUUCUUUCUAGAUGGUCCCACCUGUAGUCAAAUAAUCAGCUCUCCACUGAAAGGAUUUAACACAUGAUGAAAUAUGCAUGGAGACUUACGCCCUAAGCUUGCCAGUGUGUGUCCACCAGUGGCCAGUAUUGAAGAUGAUGACAUCUGCGCCGACCACUUGUUUAAUCAUGGUUGGGAGCUGGUCAAGCUUGAGUGCCUUGGUCUGAUCUUGCUUGGUUUCAAGCUUCACGAGGAAUGGGCUCCAAAAGAAUUCCACCGAGCAAUUGUAAUCCUGUAUUUAUUUUCAGUUAUAUUGUAAGGAGUUCAGAGAUAAUACUUCUCAACAUAGUGGCAAACAAUAAACUUAAGUAAUAUAGAAUGUUGAAUAAUGGGUUGUUUGUUUCCAA